AGCGUUACUUGCAAAGCUGUUGACUUUAGUUAUCUAUUAACUAGCUUAAGAAGGAAAACACAACCUAACCUGUCUUUAAAAAUAUGAUAUUUUGAUACAGUAGUACAUUAUUAAAAUAGUUACAAGCAAGAUAAGUGUAAGUGAACACUACUGCAGCGGGGGUAUUCCACUUCAGUAUUAAUAACACAGCGACUUAGCUGUCUAUUCAGAUAAAAAUGCAUGCUAUUAAAAUACUGCGGAGAUUUCUGAUUAUCAUCUGGGAUUGUUAAAACCUUUAUUGCAUUAAGGAUAAACAAAUUAAGACAUGGAAGUGGCUUAAGUAGCGUGAAAGCUGCUGGAAGUGGUUUGUUGUUAAGCUAACUAAUGCUGAACUUCUACAUUUGAGGAGGAUCUGGGAUCAUUUCCAGCUCAGACAGAAGUGGAAAAGCAGUGAUCACAUGCUGCUGGGAUGUGACCAGUAUUUUUUUGUGUCUGCAAAAAGUUGGGAUCUGAACAGUGAUGCUGCCUGAAUUACUAUGUUGGUCGUAUAUCGACUUUUUACUGACAUAUAUCUUAGUUUAAACAUAUAAGACUGUUCAGACUGAGUGAUCUUGUUGAGUUUGCAUAACUACUACACCAGAGAGAUGGCAGACAUCAGGACUUACAAUGUGGUGGUUUUGGGAAUCGCAUUUCUGCUUAUUUUUACAGCCUUCACCACCUGUGGCAAUAUAGAACAAACAGUGGUGAAGAGUCUGAAUAAUGCUACUUUCAGUGGAAGUGGAUAUCACAGCCUUGGGAUAAUAUAUGGAGUCUUUUCCUUUGCUAAUUUAUUUGCUCCUUCUGUGGUAACAGUCAUUGGACCACAAUUUACUAUGUUUCUUAGUGGAAUACUGUACAGUGGUUAUGUCGCUGUAUUCAUUACUCCAUCCAUCUGGUCCUUUUAUUUGACCUCUGUCCUUACUGGGUUUGGAGCAGCCUUGCUUUGGACAGCUCAAGGUCACUUUCUGGUGGGGAAUUCGGAUGCCUCCACUAUUAACAGGAACACAGGACUUUUUUGGGCUUUACUGCAGUGCAGUAUGCUGUUUGGCAAUAUAUAUGUUUAUUUAGACUGGGAAGGAAAAGCUGAAAUCUCAGACAGAGACAGAAAGAACAUGUUUCUUGCACUGCUGGUCACCUCUGUGCUUGGAACCUUAAGUUUUCUCAUUUUGAGAAAGUCACAUCAGGAUGAAGAGGAGAUUCUGUCUGAAGAGGAGGGACAGCCCUUGUUGUCUUCUGGACUAAGAUUUAAGCAGCGAGCCAGCUUUGCUAUAAAGGAGGCUAAAACAGAAUUCAAAACCAUUUUGCAGCUCUUUGGCACUAAAACAAUGUUACUCUUAAGCUGUUGCAUGGCCUACAGUGGUCUGGAGCUGGCUUUUUACAGUGGUGUGUAUGGAACUUGCAUCGGAGCUACGACUCAGUUUGGGACAAGAGCCAGAGCCUUGAUUGGCAUUUCAGGAAUAGUGGUGGGAGUUGGGGAGAUACUUGGUGGAGGGCUGUUUGGACUUGUGCUGAAAAACAGCCGCUUCAGACGCACCUCAGUUGUCUUCCUUGGAAUGGUGGUGCAUUUUGUGGCUUUCUACCUGAUCUUUCUCAAUAUCCCAGCUGAUGCUCCUGUUGUCUUUGAAACCAGCACACAGCACCACCCCUAUCUGUCACCCAGUGUGUCCAUUGCUAUGCUGUGCAGCUUCCUGAUAGGGCUUGGGGACAGCUGCUUCAACACUCAGCUUUACAGCAUUCUGGGCCGAGUUUACACUGAGCAAAGUGCUCCAGCCUUUGCCAUCUUUAAGUUCAUUCAGUCUGUCUCUGCAGCAGUGGCAUUUUUCUACAGUGGCUACCUGCUGCUGAGCUGGCAGCUUCUGAUCAUGGUCAUUAUGGGCUUUAUAGGAACGCUGGGCUUCUUUGUGGUGGAGCAAAUCUUGAAUGCCUCAACCGAUCUGCCAGAAUACUAGGUCUGCUCACUUCAACUCCUUCCAGUAUUGAGUCAUUUAUUUAAAAAAAUGACUCCAGGCUGCACUGCUAACACCAGUAGUGUUUUCAUUUAAAGUAAUUGAAGUGUCUGAAGUGCAAGGUAUGGUUAUAAUUGUUAUAGAAAACACUACAGUGGAUCGUAUGAGUAAUAUUAUGUGUAGGGCCCUACUACAUUCACGGGUGAAUGUGAUUAAUUCCACGGACCUCGCUUUUUAAAAAAAAUCACAGAUUUCACAGAUUUUUAAAGAAAAGUACCACAUUUCACAGCAGUCAUUAAAUAACACUCAUAAUUUGAAUGAUAGAAUAAAUUGAAGCUACAAUACACAGCACAGCCUACCUUAAUGACUGACUGUAAAUCCAGCAACGGUCUCAAAAACGAAAAUACUCGUCCGUGUUUUGAUACCCAACUGCCCCCUCGCCCGCGUCCACAGAAUUGGUUGGGAGUUUUUCAAACUCAGUUACCCAAGUAGGUGGCACGGUGGCUCAGUGGGUAGCACUGUGGCCUCACAGCAAGAAGGUCCUGAAUUCGAUCCACAGGCGGUGCAGUUUGCAUGUUCUCCCCGUGUCUGCGUGGGUUUCCUCCGGGAGCUCCGGUUUCCUCCCACAGUCCAAAAACAUGUAGUCAGGGUAAUUGGAGACACUGAAUUACCCGAUAGGUGAAUGUGUGUGUGUGUGUCUGCCCUGCGAUGGACUGGCGCCCCGUCCAGGGUGUUACUGUGUGCCUUGCGCCCAUUGAAAAGCUCCCCCCCCCCGUGACCCUAACUGGAUAAGCAUUUAAAAAAGUGAGUGAGCGAGUGAGUUACCCAAGUAGUGUUUUUAGCUGCUUAACACUUUAACAUCUUGGACAUUUUGACUAACCGAUUGCUAACCGAAUUGCUGAAGGAUUGCUAGGACCGCCUCAUAGUGCAAAUUAACCAGUAAAUGUGAGGCUCUUGAAUGCUGUGCAAAUGAAAAAACGUUAAAUUGCUAAACACAAACCUUACAUUUUAAAUUUCACAGCAAACGGCUCAUUUCACGGUCCGUGAUGCGAUUUUCAUGGCCAUGAAUUAGGUAGGGCCUUAAUUAUGUGGCUCUGUGUGGUGCUUAAGGAAAAACUGUUUUUUGGUGUGAGACAUUGCAGGGUUAAGGCACUUUAGAUACUAAAGCAUAAAUUAUUAAUGAUUUGUGAUAUGUUUGUUUUAUUAAAUUGUUGGUUAUUGAUUGAUAAUUUCAGUAUAAAAUAAUGUUAGGGCGUUUGACAAUUUUUUCCUAUCAUAAUUUUGUCAACCGUGUACAGGGUCACCGCAAGUCCGGUUCCAACGGGAAACACUGGACGCAAGACAGUAAUACCCUGAAUGAAAUGCCAAGCCGCCACAGAGCUUUGGCUAUUCCUUGUCCUUCAGACAGUUAGCCGACUGUGUCUCUGUAGAUCCCCGGUUGGCCACUGCUGAGAUUGUUAAACGAUCAUUGUGCCUGUAGUACAACAUUAAAGCUUUUACCCUAUUCUCAAGAAAUUACUUGUUUGAGCCCAGACAAUGCUGUAGCCAUGUGUUGCUGGGAAUCCUUGAGAACAAUACUAGCUCUGUUCUCUGGAAGGAAAGGAGGUAUUCAUAUCUACCCAUUAAAUCAAACAGACUCUAUGCAAACCUCAUGCAUCAGUAAGCUUAAACCUUUAAUGGUCCUGCCAAGUAAUACUCAGUUAUAUAUUUAUACUUAUCACAUAGUUAUACAUAUAUUGCAUUCUAAGUUUCUAACAACAAAAGCAAGCAAUACUUUUUAUGUGCCUUUACCAACAGUUGAAUGUGUAUUAAUGUUAGAAGCACAUUUCAGCCUAAAUAUUUUAUUAUUUAAAUACAAAAGGUUACAUAUUUGGUAAUUAACAUUUUAUUUGCAUCUGUUUUUGCACACAAUGUGCCAGACCUAAUAGACAGAAGUAAAAGUAAAUGUACAGGUAUAUUAAAUGUUGGGCUGAUAGUGGUUACUCACAGUAUGUGUUAAAUGCAGCAGAUAUGAAAGGGCUAAAUUCUUAUGGUCAGAAAUCUGUGUUAAAAAAGUGGUCUGAAGAGGGACAAACCACUCAGGGUUUUGCACAGCCAAGACUCAUGGUUGCCAGAGAGCAACUGCUGUUAUGGCCUUGGGUAGGGACCAACACAAAGGCUCCUAUGGUUCCAAUAGCAAAUAAUUUUAAAACUGGUGAUGAAGUGAAUGUGUCACAAGACAGUUAAUUAAACCCUUCUGUGUAUGAGGGUUCAUUGUUAGAGGUCACUCAAAGAGUCCAUAUUUACCCCUGUCCACUAUCGAAAGCACCUAUAACUGGCAUGCAGGCAUCAGAACUGAGUUGUUGUUGUGUUUCCGUUCCAUUGAGGUUAAAUACUAGUGAAGAAUAAACAACAAACACUAUUACAACAUGCAGUAUCACCUGUGUCUAGGUGAUUAUUAAGUUUUCUAAUCAUAGCUUUUCUAAUCAUCCUAACCACUAAAAGCUUUUCUUUUCAUUUUUUAUUCUAGACUGACUUGUUUUGAACACGUCUUUCUUUUCAUUUUUUCUUAUUUACAUAUGUCACAAGGUGGCAAAACACCCGCAGUUAGAUAAGCCAAUUUUAUGAUAGUGAUAUGCACAAUGUUCUAAAAAUUACUGCAGGUUGGAAAAAUGAACACUGCUUUGGAAGCGUAUGGUUGUGUCUCCGUUAUACUCUGUACUUUUUUUAUGUGAUAUAUCUAUAUGUUAGUAUAUUUAUAUGUUAGCUACUAAUCUACUCUUUGUAAAAAAAACUGAUCAUGUUUUUUUAUUAUUAUUAUUUUAUAUUUGUAUAUUUGUAAUAUUAGAUGUCCCUGCACAUGGAUGAGCUAGACAUUAUCAGUUCACAUAGCUAUCGUUCAUUCUCUCAGGGUUUAUAUACAUUUAUACAGACUUUCAUUUCUAAAUAUUUUGAUAAUGUUAUAAUGUAAUUUGUAUUAAUUAAAUAAUAAAUGGGAGGUUCUUUAUUAUUUUGGUUGUUAUGUCCAACCAAUUCUUACAUUUGCAACAAUUUAAAAUUUUAAUAAAAAAGAAAAAUGUCUUAA